AAGUUAGAAGAAAUCAGACAAGCAGGUACUUGGAAAGACGAAAGGGUCAUCACUACACCACAAGCCGCAGCAAUUGCAGUUGAAAGUAGAACAGAUAACAUUCUUAACUUUUGUGCUAAUAAUUACCUUGGUCUCUCGUCUCAUCCACUAAUUAUUAGCGCUGCCAAGAACGCUUUAGAUGAUUAUGGUGCUGGUCUUAGUUCGGUUCGGUUUAUUUGUGGCACUCAGGACAUCCAUAUUGGUUUAGAAAACAAAAUUGCAAAAUUUCACGCAAGAGAAGCAGCAAUCCUAUACGCUAGUUGUUUUGAUGCUAAUGCUGGAAUAUUUGAAUGUAUCUUGAGUGAAGAAGACGCCGUAUUAAGCGACGAAUUAAAUCAUGCUUCGAUAAUUGAUGGUAUACGUCUCUGCAAGGCGCGCAAAUUUCGCUAUAAGCACAGAAAUUUACAAGAUCUUGAAAGCAAACUUGCCGAAGCGAAAGAUUCACCUACAAAGUUAAUAGUGACAGAUGGAGUAUUCAGCAUGGAUGGUAGCAUUGCGCCUUUAAGAGAAAUUUGUGAUUUGGCUGAUAAAUACGGUGCAUUAGUAUUCAUUGAUGAAUGCCAUGCGACAGGAUUCUUAGGAAAGACAGGACGAGGAACCGAAGAAUUCCUUGAUGUUGUAGGACGUGUUGAUAUUAUCAAUUCUACCCUCGGUAAAGCCUUAGGAGGUGCUGCAGGUGGAUAUACAUGCGGAUCUGAGUCUCUUGUGGCUUUGCUACGUCAGCGCUCUCGCCCUUAUUUGUUCUCAAAUUCACUACCCCCACCAGUAGUUGCCUCUGCGAGUAAAGUAUUCGAUCUUUUAAUGGACACUUCAGAACUAACCCAAAAAUUACAGGAAAACACUCUAAGAUUCAGAACAAAAAUGAAAGCAGCGGGCUUUAACAUAAUUGGAGAUAGCCAUCCCAUUUGUCCUGUGAUGUUAGGAGAUGCACGCUUAGCUAGCCAAUUUGCAAAUGCUAUGCUUGAAAAAGGUAUAUAUGUCAUUGGAUUUAGCUUUCCCGUUGUUCCCAAAGGCAAAGCACGCAUUCGUGUGCAAGUUUCAGCAGCCCAUUCAACAGAGGAUAUUGACAAGUGCAGCGAUGCCUUUAUAGAAGUUGGAAAACAACUGGGUGUCAUUUCAUAA